AGAGUGGAAGAACAUGGGAUGUCGGCAGAGCUCGGAGGAGAAGGAGGCAGCGCGCCGCUCCCGGAGGAUUGAUCGCCACCUGCGGUCGGAGAGUCAGCGGCAGCGCCGGGAGAUCAAACUCCUGCUGUUGGGGACCAGUAACUCGGGGAAGAGCACCAUCGUCAAACAGAUGAAGAUCAUCCACAGCGGAGGCUUCAACCUGGACGCGUGUAAGGAGUACAAACCCCUCAUCAUCUACAACGCCAUCGACUCUCUGACCCGCAUCAUCCGCGCUCUGACCGCCCUCAAGAUCGAGUUCCACAACCCGGACCGCGCGUACGAUGCGGUGCAGCUGUUCGCGCUGACGGGACCCGCGGAGAGCAAAGGGGAGAUCACCCCCGAGCUGCUGGGGGUCAUGAAGCGGCUGUGGGGCGACCCCGGGGUCCAGCAGUGCUUCUGCCGCUCCAACGAGUACCACCUGGAGGACAACGCGGCUUAUUACCUGAACGACCUGGACAGGAUCGCGGCCGUUGACUACAUCCCCACAGUGGAGGACAUUCUGAGGUCCAGAGACAUGACCACCGGCAUCGUGGAGAACAAGUUUACCUUCAAGGAGCUGACGUUUAAAAUGGUGGAUGUGGGAGGGCAGAGGUCUGAGCGCAAGAAAUGGAUUCACUGUUUUGAAGGAGUUACUGCCAUAAUUUUCUGCGUGGAGCUCAGUGGCUAUGACCUGAAACUGUACGAAGAUAAUCAGACAAGCCGAAUGGCUGAAAGUUUACGUCUCUUCGAUUCUAUCUGCAACAACAAUUGGUUCAUCAACACUUCCCUCAUCUUGUUUUUGAAUAAAAAGGAUCUGCUUGCAGAAAAGAUCAAACGAAUCCCAUUGACGGUGUGUUUCCCGGAGUACAAGGGUCAGAACACAUAUGAAGAAGCAGCCGUCUACAUUCAGCGGCAGUUUGAGGACCUCAACCGCAACAAGGAAACCAAGGAGAUCUAUUCCCAUUUCACCUGUGCCACAGACACCAGUAAUAUCCAGUUUGUCUUUGAUGCAGUCACCGAUGUGAUUAUUCAGAAUAACUUGAAAUACAUUGGGCUGUGCUAGGCCAUGCUGCUGCUAAAACGAACAAAAUCCUCAAAGGAAUUCAGAUGGUCGAGAAUGAUUGGACACAAAAGACAGCAUGGCACCAAGGGAGGGCAAGGGAAAUUACCAUGAUGGCUAUAACUGGAUAAAGUCUGAGCUACUGCACUGAAUUGCAUAACUAACUCACUACAUUCUAGUGAUUCACAAUCCAGCAUCAUGAGUUCCAGUAAGGAAUCAUGAGAAACACUGUGAUCUCUGAUGUUAACCUCCUUUUUAUUCAACCUGAAUGAACUAUAGCAUGUAUGCAGAGACUUGUUGAGCUCCAUGACUUUCAUGACUUUGCACCUACAAUCUGCAAAGACAGUUAAGCAAAAGCAGGCAAAAGUCAUUUUCUGCUCUUUAAAAAUAAAAAGGAUCAGAUAUUCUUUGGCUCCUUGUAAAUAGGAAAUAAUACUUAUAAGAGAAUUUUUAAAAUUUAAAUAUUUAAAUUGCCAGGUAUAAAUAUCAUGUGGUGUCUCCUCUUCUGUUUCUGUUCUGAAUUAUACAAAAUGUCAUUCUUGGUACAAUUGAUGCUGAAAUUACAUGACAGUGGCCAAGCAACAAUGGAGAUGCAUCACUUACCCGGUUCCAUAAUUCAGUACAGAAAUUUUACAGGGAAGAGCAACAAGAACAACACACCAACUGUGGAAACUAUUGUGCUCUACAGACAUUUUACUUUGUUAGAAAAUGGAGAAAAUUGUUAACCACUGACUGACAAUGAGGCAGUUUUACUGAACCGUAAACUGUAUUGACAUCACUAAUACUUGUUUUAACUUGCUGAGACAGCUGAAUUGUUCUCUGGGGUAUAAUAGCAGGCAUACAUGGCGGGUGGCUAGGACGAGAGGGGCUCACCCCCUACAUCUUUCUACAGCUCACCUCUUUAAGGGGAGAUGGGAGGGGAAAGCCCUGAGGAGGACCACAGCCAGUCAUCCGAGCAGCCCCAGCACAUGGUACCCUAGGGCCCACCUCUUGCCCCUUCCCCAACUCAUCGGUAACCCCCACCCACCUGGUCCUGCAAGCUGCUCGACGGGAAGUCCUCACCUCUGAUUGGCCAAAAGACCUAUCAGUCAAGCCAACUGCUUACCUGUCUUAAAGUAGAUAUACCCUUAAACUGAGCUUUUCUCGCCCAACCCCCACCAAGAAUAUUUUCACCCGCCGCCUUUGAUAGCAGGCGCUCAUUGCCUAAAUCAGACAAACAUUUAUAAUUAAACUUGAAAUGCUCGGCAGGCAGCAUUACAUUUUCUUUUUUAUCCAGACCAUUAUAUUUCUCGGAACAUUCACACGACUGAAGUAUGUAAAUACAUUAGAAAAUGUAAAGCACACUCUAAAAUGUAAAGAACAACACAUAUACAAAGUCUAGUACAGUUUGUGAAUCUCCAGCUAAGGGCUUUGAGACGGAUUUUAAAAGCUGUUCACUCGAAGGAAUGAAAUAAAAUGUUAAUAGUGGGUAAAAUGUGUUGUAUCCAUUAUUGUGAAGGUGAUCUACAGGAAGCAGUACUUGCCUCUAAUAAAAAUUAUAACAGUGUCCAAUUUUA